AUGAUCUCCGACCAGAAUGAAUCACUCUGCUCUCCGCGAUCGGAUAUUAGCGGCGGUGGCAGUGCUGGCUCUGUCAUCUCCGUGGCAUCCGGCAAGACAGGUGAUAGCGAACCUACUUGCGGCACACGAAGCGUGUUACGGGAUGUUUUGGACGGGGUAGUUGAACCGGAUCUGUUGGACAGCUGUGUAGAAGAUCUACAGAUUCUCACAGAACACUCCGGUGAUCGGAUGUGUGAAUUGCUCAGUCGAGCUGAGGAGUUGCGUAAUUUGCGUGAGACUGAAGUGGAGGCGAAAGCGGUCGAUGAAAAAGUGAUGGAUGCGAUUGCCGCCUCUUCGAAAGCAAAAGAGACCAGUUCCAUAUGUAAGUUAUCCUCUCUCUCUUUUCGUUUUGAUGCUCGUUAG